AUGGCUUCGAGUGCGAUCCUGGGCAGCUUGGGUGGCUUCAUCGGCGACAACAUCAACAAGCAUCUGGUCAAUGGACAAGCUGUGUGUUCCAACCGUGCAGCCGGUAGCACAACGGGCGGCAGCAACGGGAGAGACAACCACCAAAACGACCACACAAGGAAACCGGGACUCGGCGACAAAUCGAAUGAUUUGACACCCGACGCGAACUCGAACCCGCACCGCACUAAUAAUAAUAAUUCGCAGCAAUUGGCUACUCCCACCCCCGAGUCAACACCCAGCCACCAGAAUUUGCACACGCAUCGUCAAAACCACAAUUCGUCCAAAUUGCCGGCAUUUCGAUUUGCAGAUUUGAAGCAGUCACCUGCUCAAAAGCAGCAAAUCCCCCUUUCCCCCGUGUCACCCGCCCACAGCACUCACCAUUCCAAUUCGAGUCCGCUUGGCUCCACAAUAAGCGAGCACGAGCCCGCGUCUGAGCACCAGCACCCACAAUCCAAGCAGCAGCAUCAGAACAGCCUGCAAAGGAAUCCCAGCCCAGACCAUCCUGGCAUUCCUCCUGGUGCUACUGCUGCUGCUGAGCACGCAACAGAAGCAAACUCCACCAACUCCAGCAAAAAAGCAAUACCCGCGACAGAAACUGCUGCGGAACGCGGCGAGAAGCCGGUUUCGACCCAACCCACUUUGACGGUGCCUGGCCUUGACAACUCUUCAGUAUCUCUUGAUAUCCCCACUUCCUCAAUCAACAACAACAACAACACCAAAAUACCAAAAAAUACCGCCGCAAGUCCACUCAGGGAACGACUUGCAAAUUUUCACACCACAACCGCAUCGACAGGAACGCCAAAACCCAUCAAGGCAACUUUUACCGUAAGGCGACACGCUUCAUUGCCGGCGGACUCGUCUUCUGUCCACUUAAAACCCGACCGGACGCAAUACAUCAGUGCAGAUACCCCACAAUCUACCGUCUCUGCUUCGAGCACACGCCACGCGCGACAUCGAUAUUCUGACCCAAGUUCCGAAACAAUAGCGAUUUCGUCGCGUGCAAGGAGCCGACAAGCCACGGAACAAGGUGAGCCGGCCGUGGAGGCUGCCGCGACCGGCACAAACCCAAAGGACUCGGUACCCCGAUCGCGCGUUCUCUUGGCGGGAAAGUCAUCGCAACUCGACGACGAGUCAGAUGAUAAGCGGAAGUUCAAAUCCCGACCUCCCGUAUCGUUCAGGCCACUGAGAAGCGACGCCCCGGUAAUCCGCGUCCCGCCGAUCCGAUCAUUUCGUUCCUCGGGGUCGCGGAAAAGCUGGGCACUGGACACGACAGCCAAGACGAUGCGUUCUACUCUCGAUGAGGGCACCUUCGGAGACGAUUCAAGAGACCCGAACCACCGUGAUAGAACCCUCUGGGCGUUGGAGGGUAGGACCCCGACCGAUACUCAAAUGACGCCACCUGAUUCUGCCGUUGCGACGCCAGAUGCGGAUAAUACUGCCGAUCUUUUCAUGAAGAUUGCGAGCGAAGAUGCGCCUCCCGCGCCCGAAGAUGGAGACCGGCAACUCCACGAACCAAGCACCGUAUCACGAGUCUCACGCUCGUUCCAUCGACGACCGCAAUCGACUGUAAUACCACCGUCACACACGCCAACAUCUCCACCUCAGAUCACUCGGCGUCUUUCUGACCAGCGCGAGACGAUUCAUUUUCAACGGGCUUCGAGUGAGCAGCCUGGGCAACAAACGACGAGGGAAUGGGCACAGCGUGCUGUUGGCGGUAGAGAAAGGUCCGUUCAGAUCGACGACAGGGCCAGGUCAAGAGUACUAGUGGCUCCACCUGCCUUGAAAUCGUCCCCAGUGACGCCACGAUCCCCGCCAUCGCAGGAUACGCCAGACGGUUUCUUUUCCCACUCCAGGCGGAGAACAUCAAUUACAGACAAUUCAAUGCUGCCAAGCAGAACUGCGUCGCUGAAGACUUCGGCAUAUGGGCAUACGCGCACUUUUAACUCAUCGCCUCUGGUACCAAGGCAACCCGAGCCUCAUGCACCCGAAGGAACCAACGGGCUUGCAGCAGAAGGAACCGAAUCGUCAGCAUCUACGGCGGCUCCAUCGACAGUCUGGGACGAACUGGAUGAUAUCAGGUCCCGGAUUCACAGGUUGGAACUUACUGGGAAGACACCUGCGACUUCAGGACAUGCAAUGUCGAGGGUGUCUGAUGAUAGACCCAGGACUGCGACUACCAAUGCCACGACAAUGUCGGGGUCACCAAAACGACCUGGUGCACAUUUGGCUGCAGAUGCUAGUAGUACUACAUCUUCCCAGCGCGAGUCGCAGCCCAUUCUUCUAUCAGCUGUCUCCAAGGCUCGACCCUAUAUGAACAAUGAUGCAUUUGGUGCCCUCGAGUCCGCGGCCUCGGAAGUUCUGUCGCUCACCCAAAUGCUGGGCUCGGUCGGCCAGCCGGGCCCCAUCUCGAGUGGCGCCAGUACCAUCGGGGGCGGUUCGAAUGUGACAGAUCGGCAGUUGCGACGCAAAGCGGACAGCAUAUGUAGGAGUCUCACAGAGAUGUGCUUGUCGUUGGCGGACGAGGCUGCACAGCGGAAAAACUCGGCAGGCCCCGAAACGACUCGUGAUAAGGAAGCAGCUACGACGAGUCCAACUAGGGUUUUCUCGUCCAUUACCGGUGCAGGCCAACGGCGAACAGUUGCUGCUUCCGAAGUCGGGCUGUCCCGAAUCAACACGACAAUCAGCCCACGUACAUUGCCUAGGCCUGACGAGCGAAGGGCGACGUUCCUAGGUUCUGGUGUGGCUUCAAGUCCUCGGCUCGCAAUGUCCCCGGCUACGCCAAAUGCCGAGCCGUCGACGCCAGGCACAGGCAGGAGAUCAUCACUUCUUAUAUCGCGGACACGUCGAGCAGGCACCGAGGAGCCUGAGGAUUCCAGCGGUGGUCGUAAACCAUCGCUAUUAAUGAGGACACGUAGAGCUGGGACAGAAGAGCCCGACGAGGGCCGAAAGACUUCGCUGUUGCUUCGAAGCCAGAGAGCAGCUUAUGUCGAAGACGAGGAUGAUUCACCGCGCAUGAGAGCUCCAUCGCGUGCCGCGACGGAAUUAGGUGCUUUCAGAAGAGACUACACGGGGAGUCAACAGCAACAACAAUCGGUGGUGGCAAGCUCCGAGGCAUCAGGCCUUUUGAGUGUGUCUCAAUCCAGGAGGCGAUUGGUUUCCUCGUCGCUUAACUCGCGCCUGAUGGCCCCAUCCGCAGCUCAGUCAGCCUCCCCGAGUCGCAGAUAUUUCGAUCGCUCUACGCCAGAGAGGGAUGUCGGCAACAUUGCGACAGAGAAGCUUGCAGAAGAUCGGGGCCAGCGACAGUUUACGUUCGGACACAACAGGGCAACUAGCCUGAGCAAACGACGAGAAAGCGGAAUCCCGAGCUUUAUGGGGUCAGCUGCCGCCAGCCACGUUGGGACAUACAGGUAGCGACAUGGUUCCACCAGGCUGAGGGACAUCACCCACUGACGUGACAGACGGAUAUGGGAAGAAGACAAGACUGUGCUCGAGUCUUGACGAGAUUUUACGACUUUAAGACCUUUCUUACAGUGUCACGAACAACAUUUGUUUUUGAUUUUUGGGCUCUGCUAUUUUCCAUCCUGAUGGCUUGUCGGAUGGGAUUGUAUCAACACGGCAGCAGCUUUUGGGUUGCUUAGCAAGAAGAUGGGCGAUGCAAGGCGUUGAAGAAAAUACAUUGCUAAUUAUGUUCAUUUGUUUUUCUUUUUUCUUAAUUUGUAUAAUAUGAUUCGACUUUUUGUCUUCUUGGUUUGUUUGGUUCACAUGGACAGGGGGGAGCAUGGUUCUUUUGGAGUUGUCUUUUCAAUAUCGCAUGGAAGGGAAAGCAAGCAAGCAGCUCGCGGAGUUUGGGCAUCAAUAUACCAACUGCUUUAAGAAGUCGUGAACCCACUAAGAUGCCUAACAUUCUUUCUUGUAUCUACCAUGGUGUUCUGGGGUGUUGUUGGUGAAAAAAAGAAAAAAAAAAAACUAAAACCAAAUGCAUUCUUUUCCACACCGCAACUAUUUCAUGCUGGUCGCUUUCCAAAGCGCCUAAAAUGCCAAUCAACAACGCUUCGGAAGCUCUGCUACAUCCGCUAGAUGAUGAACCAAUACAAGGAUGCAAUAUGCAAUAUGCAAAAAAAGAAAGAAAAAAAAGGGAAGCACUUGAAAACAAAACUCAUGUAAAGGGGGCCACUAUCGCCAGUCCUCAUCUCUGCCGCAGCUCAGCUUCAUGCUCUACCCAAAAGUUCCUACACGCCCUGUGACCCCAAUGGUCGACCCACCACUCGCCAAAGCUGUCCUCGACCUCAAAGUCUACGCCCUUGACGCGCUCGUCCCGCUUGAGGCCGCAGACGAUGCAUGCCUUGGGCGCGGUGGGGACGUUUUUGGCCGUCGAGACGACGGGCUUCUCUGCGAUCUCGGGGACCCUGAAGUGCUGUUGUUGGUUGUUGCCGUCGUCUUCCUUGGCGACGGCGGCGACUACGGCGCGGAGGCGGCCGACGUGAGUGCGCCACACGGCGACCACGUCGGCGGCUUCCCUGUUCUCGCGGGCGGCCUGGGUCUUGUCGACGCCUGCCAGCUUCAUGCCGCCGCCCUUGCCGCCGGCGGCUGAGAUGGACAUGCCCUGGGCCAGGAACUUGUCGCGGUGCCAGCGUUGCUUGCGGCCGGCGAGGAUGCGGGCCGCCACGGUUGCGAGCACGAGGUAGGCGCGCAGGAAGGUGGCCGUCGCCGGGUCCGAGAGCACGCGGGCCUUGGCGGCGGGGGUUUGGCUCGCCGUCGGCUUGUAGAGAGCUUCGUUGGGGAGGGCAAGGAGGGUGGGGAAGAGUGAGAGGAGGAUCGAAGGGGGUGGGAUGUUGGUGGGCGGCGGUGCCUUGUCGUCUAGGAUUUUCGGCUGAGGUUGGGUUUUGGGCUGGGUCAUGAGUUUUUCUUGUGCGGGCGUCUCGGCUUCCCAGUCCCAGCUCGCAUCAUGCUCCUCUUCCUGCUUGGCUGGAGCCUUUUUGGUCUUCUUGGUCGGCGCGGGUUUAGGUUGUUGCUUCUGGGUAGCGCCUGGGAAAGGGGUCACGGCAGAGCCUGAUGACUGCUGGACCACUCCAUCCGCCACAUCCCAAUCCCAACCGGGGUUGGUCGUCUCCGGCUGGGGCUUCUUCUCGGGCGUCAAGUCGUCAAAUGCACCCCAAAUAUCCGUGGACUCCUUUGCUGCCUGUUUCUCUGUCAACGGGGCAGGCCAGGCUGUCACGGGCGAUGGUGAAUCUUCUGGUUUCUUAGCUGCCGCCAGCGGCUGCUGCUGCUUGGUUCCAUUGGCGAAACCAAACUCAUCCUGCUUAGGCGUCGUCACCUUCAAACCCUGGAAGGGAUUCCGCUCCUGGAACGAGGGCGACCUUUUGGGGGGUGGGAACGUGCCGUUGUUCGAAAAGCCGGGUGAUGACAGCAGCUGGCUUGGCGGCGCAUUCCUGUUAGUGGACGAGGCUCUGCCAGAGAAGCCUGCUGUUCCAACAGGAGCACUGAGUCCCGACAUGAGGUCUAUUAUGGGCGUCGGAGCGGCCGGAGGUGGGGCAGUAACUGUUUCAAAGUCACCAAACUCGUCGUCAUCCUCAUCCUCGGCGGGAGGGGCUUCGCCGUCAAAAUCGUCGGCAUCAAAGAGGACAUUGGGGUCAGGAUUCUUGGGUCUAGGCUCUGGCCUCUUUGGAGGCGGCUGCUCUGUAUGUGUCUGCAUUUUAUCCACCCCCGAGCUCGCAUCUCCUACUCCCGUGUCUACCAAGCUAUUGGUAAUCAUGUCCAAUGUGGAUGCGCGUACUAUCCUCGGCUCUGGACGAGGCGCAGAGCUGGACGCCGUGGCCUUGUUCGCAACGUUCGAAGGGACGGAGAAGGCGUUCGGUACAGGCUUAGGCUUGGGAGGGGUUUCGAGUACUCCCGGGCUUGCGACCUCAAAGUCUCCCCAGCCAUCAUCCUCGUCAGCCGCCGCCGGUGCUGCUGACAGUUUUUUUGCGCCGAGACCUCCCAGAUCAUCCCACAUGCUGCCACCUCCCCCGGUGGUGGUUUGAGAGGUUGGCCAUGGUGACGAGGUCUCCCAUUGGGACUGUGGCGGCUGUGCUGGAUUGCUGCCAGUGGUCGGAAGGGCGGAGGAGAAGGAAGAGUCGAAGAAUGAGAAAGGAUCGCUAGCGGGUGCGGACUGGGUUGGAUGCGUUGAUUUUGAGGUAUGGUUGCUUUGUGAAGAAGCGCCAAACUCAGCAAAGAGGUCGGCCGACAUGGUUAUUCUUCCAUUCGUCUUCAGGAAUUUGAUUAAUCGGUGAAUUAAGGUUGCGCAAAGUCGUUACUGUUCCCAACUCGUAGCGGUUGGCUCAAUGGUGGGUGGAGAUCAGACGGUCGAAUGCAAGACGAUGACUCGAGGCGGGUUUGAUUUGACGUAACUUGAGAUGAUGGAUAAGGCAGGGAGUAGCUGGCAAUUUCGGGUCGGGCUUACGUACCUAUAGGGGCACAUAGGAAUCGAGGACAAUGGAGGAAAAAAGCGAAGCUUCAAAACCAACAAAUUAUCGUACCACAAACU